CUUCUGGUGAGGUCUGGAUUGUUCUGCUGUUUCGUUCUCUUUAUUUUCGCCCUCCCACUCUCUUUUGAAGGAAAAACAGAGAAUAGCGGCAUUCUUCGCACUCGGUGCACAUUAGCAACUUGACCUCCAUCGCUAACAUCAUCCACCAAAGCAAAGCAACCGCCAUUCCAACUAGCUCUUUUCCUCUCCUCAGUGGUACAUUUCAUGAUGGCGAUCUGCUAUUAAAUCAGAAGGGUUUGCAGCUCAUAUCUGAAGAAAAGGAACCUCGCGUGUAUUCAGGAACUGAGAGGUUGUUGCAGAAAGCAUGGCUAAGCAUCACCCUGAUUUGAUUAUGUGUCGGAAGCAGCCAGGAAUUGCCAUUGGGCGGCUUUGUGAGAAGUGUGAUGGGAAGUGUGUUAUCUGCGACUCAUAUGUGCGGCCUUGCACUCUUGUGCGAGUUUGUGAUGAAUGCAACUACGGAUCCUUUCAGGGUCGAUGUGUUAUCUGUGGAGGAGUUGGAAUUUCUGAUGCCUACUAUUGCAAAGAAUGCACACAGCAAGAGAAAGAUAGGGAUGGAUGUCCUAAAAUUGUAAAUUUAGGUAGUGCAAAAACAGACUUGUUCUAUGAACGAAAGAAGUACGGUUUCAAGAAAAGAUGAUAAAGCAUUGUAAGAAAAUGUGAUUAGUGCUAUUAUUGCUAUGAAUAUUAUGUACUAAUACACUUGGAGAAUGGAUUUAAAAGGUGUUGCAAAGAUGUUGAAGGUCAUGAUUUUGUAUGAAUAUUAUGACUAAUAUUAGAAGAAGAGCUGAUAAAGUAUUAGAAGAAAAUGUGAUUGAUGCUAUUAUUGCUAUGAGUACUCUGUACUAAUACCCUUGGAGAAUGGAUUUAAAAGGUGUUCCAAAAAUGUUGAAGGUCAUGAUUUUAUUGCUAUGAAUAUUAUGUACUAAUAUCCAUGGAGAAUGGAUUUUUACUAUUAUCAUCAUAUAUGGCUUUAGAUUUUUCA